UUAUUCUUUUGCACAUUGAAUACAAUUCGGUCUUGCUUCAUGUCUCAUCGGACUUAUUAUGUGUAUAAUACAUUUAGAUUUGAAUAUCAUGUCGCCGUUAAGGCAGGACUAGGUAGCUAGUUAUCUGCGGAUUCUUCCUAACCACAGUGUAAAGCGAAGAGCGGAACAUUUGUAGGGAAUAUGGCUAAAAAUGGAUCGGACAGUCCGAGGGAUGAUUUGAGUAAGAUUCCUGACGAGGAGCUGAUGAAAUGGAGCAAGGAAGAUUUGAUUAAAAGACUGAGAAAGACGGAUAACGAGAAAAUUCACUUAAUGCUGGAGCAUGGGAACAUGAUGAAGGAUGUCAACCGAAGACUACAGGUCCAUCUCCACGAGAUACGGGGCCUGAAGGAGGUGAACCAAAAGCUGCAGGACGACAACCACGAACUAAGGGAACUGUGCUGUUUCUUAGACGAUGACAGGCAAAAGGGUAAAAAGCUGUCGCGGGAAUGGCAGCGGUUUGGCAGGUACACGGCCAGCGUGAUGUGGAAAGAGGUGGGCAUAUACCAGCAGAAGCUGAAGGAGCUGGAGGCCAACCAAGAGACGGUGGUGCGGGAGAACGUGGAGCUGAAGGAGAUCAUACUGAUGCUAGACGAGGAGAGGAAUGGGGCAGGGUCGAGGAGCUCCAUCGAUAGUCAGUCCAGUCUGACCAAUUUGAACGGCGGCUCCAGCACCAUUCGGGAUGUCGGCGAUGGGAGCAGUACGUCCAGUACGGGAAGCGCAGGUAGCCCGGAUCACCACCACAACCACAUACACAAGCCAGGAGAGGCCAAGAUAGGAACCAUCAGGAGGUCUAUGGAUGAUCUCUCCACACCCCACCACCACAGGAGCAUCCCAAAUGGACUGAAUGAUCCAUCUUCGAACUACAUCCGCCAGCUGGAAACAAAGGUCAGGAUUUUAGAGGAUGACAACAACAAGCUUCUAUCACAGCCCCGUAGCCGCUAUAGUUUACCAAAGAUACCGGCAAAGCAGAGUAGCGCCGGAGACCUGAAGACCCUGCGCAAAGGCCUAACUCUGUACCACUCAGAGUCCCAGCUGUCUUCCCUUCCUCAGUACCAGGACGCCCUGCAGAACGGCACUUCCAGAAUCCCAGCCAACGACACCUCCGCCACAGCGGGAUACCUCCCAUCAGCCCAGAAACCGGAAGCCGUGGUUCAUGCCAUGAAGGUCCUCGAAGUUCACGAAAACCUGGACAAACAAAUUCCGGAGGAUUACGAGGAAGACCUCAGCGAGAAGGAGAAGGCGAUCGUCCGGGAGAUGUGUAAUGUGGUGUGGCGCAAGCUUGGGGAUGCUGCUGGCUCCAAGCCAUCAAUCCGACAACAUCUUUCUGGGAACCAGUUCAAGGGACCUUUGUAGUGGGAUAUCCGGAGCUAAAAAAAAAAAAAUGAGGGACAGAAAUGUUUAUGAGCUGUGCAACCUUGAAAAUAUGGACAUAUUCAACCAAAAUCAGUUCUUUUCUGACUGCCUCCUGAUCACAGACCCUGCCAGUUUAGUAAGGAAGCUCAGUCUUACUGGACCAUUUAAACAACUUCAUGAAGGCUUGACUGGGUCAAGCAGUCUGUUUGUUCAUCACUAGCCAGUUUCAUUAUUUUUUUUUUGUUUUGUACCUCAAGUAUUCAAGACUGGCAGCUAGUUUUACUUACUUGCCACUCCAGGUAUUGACUUUGGGUAAAUACAGUGCUAAAUGAUAUUUAACAAACUCCCUUAAUUGUUUCUAAUGGGUCUUAGAGGGCGGCUCUGUGUUAACAUUGUCAGACUAUUUGUAAUUUGUAUAGCAUUUACCUUCCUGACAAUCUAUAUGGAGAUCCAGUUUAACAAGCAGUUGUGUUUGUUCCAGGGUAAAUAAUGUCAAAGCCUAUAGGUUUGUAUGUAAAGCCUACUGUCAAAUAGUCAGUCCCCUUUGCUUGAGAAUAAAAUAUAUUAUACAUUUAGGAAUCACUUGUAAGAAAAUAUAACUGAAUUGUAGUGACAUGUACAAAACAAUGACUUAAAAACCGUAGCACUACUUCGUUGUCACGAUUUGUUUUUUUUUUUUAAUUCUAGAGUGGCCAUUUGUGUUAC